AUGCCGGCUGUGGCGAGAAGUGAGAAGGAGCGCACCUGGGUGCACAGCUACUUCCAGAAGUUAGUGGCGGAAGGCAGCCCGUGGUUGCAGACUCCACGACAGGCACCUUCUGCUGCUUUACGCAAUGGAGCUACUUCAGGUCGGCAAACUUCACAGAAGGAGAAGAGUCAACUCCGUCAGGCACUACGCAAUCGAGGUGGUGCCGCCGAGGUGGCCAACUCCAAUCCUUCAGCGAGUCCUGCCCGGUGCCUCAGGAAGGAUGUGAAGGAAGCAGCAUCCCAGGGUCGGACAUCCAGCAUUGGGACUUCUCGAGAUAGGAGGCCGAGCUGGGCACCCAGCGCCACCUCCAUGGUUGAGGGAGCAGUGGAGCAUUUCUCUCGCAUGGUCGAGGCAGUUCGCACUGCUGGGCCGGAGAUCUCGCCACCCGUGCCCCAUGCUGACCAGCUUUGCCAAAGUCUGCAGAAGCAGCUAUCGGAUCAGUUGUCGAACUGGUUCAUCGCCUUCUCACAGCGAUAUGAUGGACGCAUCCCGCCCCGGCUCACAAGCUUGGUGCAACGUGGGGAAAUGGAUAAAGCGCGGCUCCAGACGACGCUGGUUUGGCGCGGACUUGAGGUCCACUUGGAGCUGCAGCUUACGCCUGGGUCAAAGUCUGUGGCUGUGUCUGAUGCGUGGACAGAGGUCCUCUCAGAUGGCUUUGCGGACUGCCUUUCCUCAGCGCUGGCUUCCGCACGGGGGCAGCCCCUGGAGGUCUUGCUCGAAGCCUUGCUCGAU